GCAGGGGGCCGCGGGUGCAGAGCCGUUCCCUGGCAAUGCCCGCUUCGCGUCAGCCGCUCUCGCGAAAGCUGCCGGGCCGCUCCGUGAUCUCGCGGUUCCCCGGAUGAAGGAACGGGCCGAGGCCCGCCCGUACCUCGCGGUCAGUCGGUGACGUUCUGGCUGGGAACGCUCCGAUGCCGCGAACCUCGGCGAUCAAGCGGAAUAGCAGAUCGUGCUUCUGUAUUUAAGGCUGCUAGGCUGAAAGUGCUGCCGAUGCGAAAUUAAAAUGGAGCUGAAGCUGAAGUUAGAAGAAAAGCACAGUGUAUCCGGCGGCUAUUAUUCAGGGUCUUUCAUGAAACUCGUGUCCAAGGAGGCUUCCAAAACCUUCCGUCUACUGCCCUGUCGGUUUCCUGCUUUGUCAUAGUGGCACAGGGAGGAAUUCUCUGAGCUUCGCCCCUCUGCCUUGACAAGGUGCGAAUCUGAGAAAUCCACCAGGGCGUCCAUCAGGACACGCUGGGAAUCCUAAGGUCGAUGCGGGGGAAAGGCAUUGUGACAUCACAGAGCAGGGCAUGACAUCAGACUUGGUCAAGUCACGCCGGCAGCCUCCCCCAGCUCAGACACUUGGAGCAACAGCUCCGUCCUGGUGGUCACUGCUGGAGCUCUGCUGUGGGUCACAGCCAUUUGUGUGUAGAGAUUGUUCUUUGGGAGAGAACAGGAUGAAGCUCAGCCUGACUCUCUUCCUGGCCAUGGCUCUGAGCAUGUCUCCAUUUGCGGGACGUGGCCCAGGCUGUCCCAGCUAUCUCAGCUGGGUCUGCAGUUGCGACCAAAAGGUCGUUCCUGAGGAGCAGCAUCGGGUGGCGACCAAGAGCCAGACCUCCACCCGGCGCUGCUGGCUAGGCCUAACCUCCUGUCCCAUCAGGGUUGAGGACAAGAACAACAGUGAGAUCCUUCCUGAAGAGCAACCUGUGGAGGAGACCAAGAGCCAGACCUCCACCUGGCGCUGCUGGUUUGGCUUAACCUCCUGCCCCAUCAGGACCAAGGACACAAACACAAACCUUCCUGAGGAGCAGCAUACGGAGAAAACCAAGAGCCAAACCUCAUACUGGUCCUGCUUGCUUGGCUCUUCCCAGUGUCCCAUAUGGGUCUGGUACAAGGGCAGCAAAGUUGCUGUUCCACAAGGCCCAAAGCAGCAGUCCCCAGGCACCAAGCAGAAGGCCUACAGCUUGCCUGGCAUCCUGGGCCACCUUUGGGACUACCUUAUGCAAAGAGGGAGAACCUGGCUCCUUACAGCUCCCUUGACAAUUUUCUCCAUUCUCUGGCUGCUGACAACUGCCCGUGCCCACUGGAGAAGAUUAAGAAGACCUCGGGGACAGAGAACGGGACAAGCGGACCCAGCUUCCUUAGGAACAGAGGAAACGGACAACCUAAAUGCUCUUGACCUGCUCUGCCAGAUGGACGCCUACAUAACCUUAAUGGAGAGACUUAUGACGAUCCUCAUGCAGCACCAUGUGAAAAAUGUCAGGAGCCAGCAGUGCAGGAAGACAGCGCACAGCACGGGGGACAGGAAGAGCCUCUCCACAGACUCCUGAGGGAGCUGGCAGAGGUGACUGCCAAGCCGCUCUCGGCCAUCUACCAGCCCUCCUGAUUAACUGGAGAGGUCAACAAGGCCAAGUGGCGGGUCCUGCACUUUGGCCACAACAAGCCCAUGCAGCGCUAUAGGCUUGGGGAUGAGUGGCUGGAGGACUGUGAAGAGGAAAGUGUCCUGCGGGUGUUGGCUGAUGAAAGGCUCAACAUGAGCCGGCACCGUGCACUUGCAGCCCCCAAGGCCAAGCGUUUCCUGUGCUGCAUUAAGACAAACGUGAUUAGCAGGUCAGGGGAAGUGAUUCUGCUCCUCUACUCUGCUCUCACAAGACUCCACCUGCCGCACUGCAUCCACUUCUGGGGCCCCCAGCACAAGAAAGACAGCAGAGCAGGUCCACUGAUGCUGAGCACCGUGCCUCCAAGUGGCUGUGCUGACCGGGCCUUUCUCAAUGCCCCAUUCGGCUCUGGAACAAGGUCAGCAAGGCUGUUGUUCCAGAUGGCCCAAAAUCCCACAGGCACCAAGUGGAAAGCCUUCAGCUUUGCAAAAUCCCCACUGUGGUGGAGAGAGUUGGAGAGGGACAACGACGAUGACAGCUCAUCAGGCGGAUGCAGUCCUGCACCGGGUCUUCAUGGGGGGUCCCAUGAACAUAUCGAGGCAGAGUUGCUGUUGCGACACAAUGCAACCCCCUGAAAAGGAUGAAUGUUCACAGCAAAAAAGACUUAGCCUUCAUCCAACAACCAUCAGAGACCCCCACCACAUCUUUAGGACGCGUGCUUAAGAAGGUGGUACAACAUGUCAGUAAUUUCUCAAAAUUCCAGCCCAUUUUUUUGGAAUGUAACAAAUAUGUCUAUGUUAUGUCUUUAAAUAUGUAACCACGUCUGUUCUUGGUGUGUGCGAGUAAGGAAUUAUCCCCCUCACACACGGUGCCACAAUAAAUAUACCUACUUUAAAAUCUUA